GCGGCGUUUGAAUGGCUGUGCGUCGGGCCCGGCGGGGGAGCCGACGGACUCUCUAGGCUGCCGGGCGCGGUCAGUCAGCGCCUGGGCACGGCAGGUGCGCCGAGGUACCAUGAGGCGCAGGUAUUUAAGAGAUUAUGGCAUCUGAAACCCACAAUGUUAAAAAACGGAACUUUUGUACUAAUAUUGAGGAUCAUUCCACUGAUCUUCCUAGAAAAAGGAUCUCUAAUUUCACCAAUAAGAACAUGAAGGAGGUUAAGAAAUCUCCCAAACAUUUGGCUGCUUACAUAAACAGAACAGUUGGACAAGCUGUGAAAACCCCAGAUAAACUACGUAAGGUGAUCUAUCGCAGAAAGAAAGUUCAUCAUCCCUUUCCAAAUCCCUGUUACAGAAAAAAACAGUCCCCUAGCACUGGGGGCUGUGACAUGGCAAAUAAAGAAAAUGAACUGGCUUGUGCAGGUCACCUGCCUGAAAAAUUACGCCAUGAUAGUCGCACAUAUUUGGUUAAUUCCAGUGACCCUGGCUCUUCACAGACAGAAAGCCCAUCAUCAAAAUAUAGUAGUUUUUUUUCUGAGGUUUCUCAGGACCAUGAAACAAUGGCCCAGGUUUUAUUCAGCAGGAAUUUGCGAUUGAAUGUAGCUUUAACUUUCUGGAGAAAGAGAAGCAUAAGUGAACUUGUAGCCUAUUUGGUGAGGAUAGAAGAUCUUGGAGUUGUAGUAGAUUGCCUACCUGUACUCACCAAUAGUUUACAGGAAGAAAAACACUAUAUCUCACUUGGCUGCUGCGUGGACUUGUUGCCUCUAGUAAAGUCAUUACUUAAAAGCAGAUUUGAAGAAUAUGUAAUAGUUGGUUUAAACUGGCUUCAAGCAGUCAUAAAAAGGUGGUGGACAGAACUGUCAUCCAAAUCAGAAAUCAGAAAUGAUGGAAAUAUUCAGAUUUUAAGACAACAAUUAAGUGGGUUGUGGGAACAAGAAAACCAUCUUACUUUGGUUCCAGGAUAUACUGGUAAUAUAGCUAAGGAUGUAGAUGCUUAUUUAUUACAGUUGCAUUGAGAGAUUUCAUCUACUAAACAGCAUUUGGUUAUUCGAGACAUCCUGGGACUAUAGGAUUUCCAAAAAUAGGUCUCUUCUGAGAACUAUGAACUGUGGAAGAAAUCAAAAUCAUUUUUUCUUUUAAAAAGCCACAAAUUGAAACCACUAAUGAAACCCUAACAAUCUACUUCACAUUGAAGUGGAAUAGUAUCCAAAAGGAGCAGCUUCAACUUCAAUGAGGUGAAAGUGCACUAUGAAGAUUGUUCGCCUUUGCUGCAUUUGGGAUCUGUAUGGUUAUUUGAUAACAUUGUUUAAGAACUACUGGGUCUUAAUGCAGUCAUGCAUAAGAAUAUAAUUUAUACUCUGCAAAAAUAAGACAAGAGUUAUUACUAGAAACUACAAAGACCAAUCGUGAUUUUUUUUCAAGAUUGUGUUUUAUAAAAAAACUUAAAUGUGUGCAGCUAUUUUCUUAUGUUGAAAGACUUUGAAAGUGAAAACAUUAAAGUAAAUCAAUAUUAAAAAUGUUCACACUGACAUGCUGUUUAUGCAAAAAUGCCUUAAUUAUUAACUAAGCCAAUAUAUUACGAUACCAAUAUCUGUUUUAAAAAAUUGAAACCAACCAUGCUUCUGGCAUGAUAAAAUCCUGGAAUUAAAUCAGGGGUUUACAUUCACAUAGAAUGUUAUUGUUCAGAUAUAUUCCACACAGUUUUUAAAACUUGAGAAUAUUUUUAGUAUCUCUGAUUUUUUUUUUGCCAGAAUCAUCAUGCCAUGUAUGUAUGUAUUAUCCCUAUAUAAAAAAGGUGAAUAUGUGUAUGAAUGUUUAACUGGAAAUGUCCAUGGAAAUAGCUAAUUUAUAUUCACUUUUUAUUGUAUAUAUAUUUCUAAUAUUUUUCAUUUCUGUAUCAUUUAAACUUUCUUCACUUGAGUAAAUUCACUAAAUAUUUCUAUUUUUUGCUUUUUUAAUUCUGAUUUUGUAUGCAUUCUAAUUUCUUUUCACUACAUGUUUUAAAGAGUUGCAAUGCUUUAGAAUUGUUUACGGUUGAUGCUGACUUUUUAUUUUAAAUUCCAACAUUUUACUACCUCCUAUAAUGGUUAGUAUGAAAUGCCAGCAGACUGUAUGAGGUCAUUUUUAAAAAUUCCACUUAUAGUGUCAAUUAGCCCAAUCCUGGAAUGACUAAACAACUCUAAAUGUUAUCCAUCUUAAAAGUAAUUUGAGUUUAAUACCACUAUUGGUGGUUCAUACAUCAUCUCAUCUUUAAUAAGUCUGACAGAUGCCUGAGCAAAGAUUCUUAAAAAUCAGAUUUCUCUUUAGUACUCCUUCAAGCACUUGAAUUAAAAUCUUUUCACAUUUAUCAAGUUAGUGACUACUGAUAUGGAUCUCCAGCAUCUUUUUUGUUUUCAAAAUGUUACCUUUCAUUGAAUUCUAUUUUUGUAUGGCUGUAUUUCAUAGUUAUGUAUUCCUCACCAUGAACAUUAGUUGUAGUAAUUUGUUAUUUUCUUCAGUGUUUAGAUUUCAGAUAACUGCUUCUGUGAGAGAUGAAUUAUUUAAGAAGUCAUUUCUCAGGAUGUGGAAUUUGGACCAUAAACCUGUGUCAUCUCUGUGAAACCUUGAGAUGAUGAAAUAUAACUUUUGUUCGUUGUUGCUAUGCUUUAGUUAUCACUGUCUUAUCUAACAGUUUGAACCAGUUAACUUGGUUGAAGUAUGGUGCUAUGAGGUUAAGGACAGGAAUUUAAUCCUUUUUUAGGUUCAUUAACUUUACAUACACAAACACAGAGAAACAAUUUUACAAUCACAGAGUUCACCUUUCCGCCAGUAUUCAUCUUGCAUUCAUUUCAAACUGAAAAUCAGUUCUGGGUCACAAGGAAGGUGACAUAUGGAGCUUAGCAUAAAAACCUAACUUCAAAUGGAAAGAUAAUUCAAAUUAUUGGUAUAUAUGAUACUGCAGACUUCAAAAUAAUAUAUUCAAUAGUAGAUAUGUAAAUUCUGUGUAAUGUUUAAUUUCACAGUAUUGAAUAAUAGGUCAAAUAUUUUCUGUAUUUGUCAGAUCAUUAAGUAGUAUCUUCAAAAAUCAACUGUUAGAAAAACGAACUGCUAAAAACCAAGUACAAAUGAAAUAGAGUAAGAAAAAGUAUCUUGUUAACACUGAAUUCUUGCACUUAAAUUUAGGUUUCUUGAAGGCGGGAAGACAAUGUUCAUUUUAUAUACUCAGAGUUAUAUAAGCCAGCAGUCUUUAGCUCACAAAAAUUAGUAGCACACACUCCUACUUUCUGUUCCUGGCCUUUGCAGUUUACCUUAGUACCUACCUCUCUGUUACUCAGUUGUGAUGAUUCAGUGAUUUUAAGAUUCUUGGAUAAAAGAUGUUAGGUAAGUAUUUUUGAAUACUCUGUUGCUACUAAGCUCUCCUCAUGCUAUAGCAUUUCAAUUAGAACAGUGUUGAUCUAUAAAGAGCCAAAGAGUGUUUAUAAAGUGUUUUGACUGUUACUGACCUAGGUUGGGUCAGUUGCUGUCUGUCAUUGCUCAUUUGUUGCUGUGCUGCUAAGUAGUAUACAGAACUAAAGACUUAGCAAGGUCUCUAUGCCUUUGUUAGCUCGUCUGCCUUCUUAGAUAGUCCACAUUUGACUUUGCAAACUUUACAAGUAUAAGGAUAGGUAGUUUAUUGUGGCAAUAGAGGAUUGUAAUCAAGGAAUUUACUUCUAUUAGGGAUAUAGUGAAUGGCUAUUAUGAGUGAUCAUAAUCAUAAUAAAGGUUAAAAGUUAGGAAGUAUUUUCAUAUUUUUUUGGCGGUGAUUUUAAAGGUAAUUUGCACCAGUUAUUUACAUAAAUUCUAAAAUGUGACAAUUAGGAAAUAUAUAUUUAUGUCCAUUUGAGAAGUCGUAAAUAUCAAUACUGUACUAUGAGGGCUACAAAGGAAUUAAAUCCAAAAAUCCAUACUUGUUACAUGUCAUGUCCUUACCUUAAAUAUGGUUAUAUGGGUUUAAAACUGUAUUUCUGGCCUUUGAGAUAGUAAUUUUCUCAAACUUAGAACAUUUCUGUAUUUUGUAAGUUACUAACAUACUCAACA